UGCCCGCGGGGGGGGCGGGGCGGGGCGGGGCGGGGCUCCCGGACGCCUGGGCCCCAGGGCGCGGUUCGCAGUCGCUGCCGGGGAGCCGAGCGCGCCGCCGCCCAGCCGAGCCGAGCCCGCAGCCUCUCCCAGCGCUCCCAGUGCCCCCCCGCAGCGCUCCCAGUGCCCCCCCCAGUGCUCCCAGUGCUCCCAGUCGGGGCGGCGGGGCCAUGUUCCUGGUGAAGAACUUCCUGGGGGGGGGCGGGGGCGGGGGGGGCGGCGGGGGGGGGCUCCCCGGCAACAUCGGCUCGGUGCUGGGGGGGCUGCUGAGCGGGGGGGGCGGCGGCGGCGGGGACCCCUUCAGGGGGGGCGGCGGCGCCCUGGGCAUCAUGGGGGGCGUCAUCAACGCCAUCAGUCAAGCGGCCGCCCAGUAUAACCCCGAGCCACCACCCCCCCGGACCCACAUCUCCACGGUGGACGCCAACGAGAGCGAGGAGGUUCGGCAGUUUCGGCGGCUCUUCACCCAGCUCGCCGGAGAAGACAUGGAGGUGAGCCCCACCGAGCUCAUGAACAUCCUCAACAAGGUGGUCACCCGCCACCCCGACCUGAAGACGGACGGCUUCGGCAUCGACACGUGUCGCAGCAUGGUGGCCGUCAUGGACAGCGACACGACGGGGAAGUUGGGCUUCGAGGAGUUCAAGUAUUUGUGGAAUAACAUCAAGAAGUGGCAGUGCAUCUACAAGCAGUUCGACACCGACCGCUCGGGCACCAUCGGGGCCCGGGAGCUGCCCGGCGCCUUCCAGGCGGCAGGCUUCGGGCUGCCGGAGCCGCUGUGGGCGGUGAUGGCGCGGCGCUACGGGGACGAGGACGGCAGCCUCGACUUCGACAACUUCAUCAGCUGCCUCGUGCGCCUCGACGCCAUGUUCCGUGCCUUCAAGUCCCUGGACCGGGACGGGACCGGGCAGAUCCGCGUGAGCCUCCAGGAGUGGCUCCAGCUCACCAUGUACUCCUGAGGCGCCCAUGCCGUGGGGGGGGCCCGGACCCCCCACCCUGCACCCCAAAUCUGCGCCACCCCCAUAUGGCACCCCAAUCCCGUGCCCCCCAUAUAGCACCCCACUUCUGCACCCCCCCACCCUGCACCCCAAAUCUGCACCCCCCCAAACAGCACCCCUAUUUGGGGUCCCCCAUAUGACACCCCACUUCUGCACCCCCCACCCUGCACCCCAAAUCUGUGCCCCCCCAUACAGCACCCCAAUUUGGGGUCCCCCCCAUAUAGCACCCCACUUCUGCACUCCCCACCCUGCACCCCAAUUUGGGGUCUCCCCAUUUAGCACCCCACUUUUGCACCCUCCAUACAGCACCCCCAAUCUGCGCCCCCCCAUACAGCACCCCAAUUUGGGGUCCCCCCCAUAUAGCACUCCACUUCUGCACCCCCCACCCUGCACCCCACACCUGUGCCCCCCCCAUAAAACACCCCAAAUCUGCACACACCCCCCAUACAGCACCCCAAUUCGGGGUCUCCCCAUAUAGCACCCUACUCAUGCACCCCCCAUACAGCACCCUAAAUCUGUGCCCCCCAUAUGACACCCCACUUCUGCACCCCCCACCCUGCACCCCGAAUCUGCACCCCAUUUUGCCCCCCCGCUGCACCCCGCUUCCGCGCCCCCCACCCACGUCUCCCCGCGCGGGGGCACCCUGGGGGGUGCCCGGGGGGGGGUCGCACCCUGACCCCCCCCGCACGGUUUCGGGGGGCUGCUGUGCCCCCCCAGUAAAGCCUGCCUGGCCCUA